CUUUUAGAACUUGUAAGUAUAUGUUUAUGUGAAUAGAUUUGUUGCUAGUGGAGAGCGUUUAAUGAGUGUAAUAAGUACAUUUAAUUAAAUCAAAACUAAAAUGUAUCUGUUAUCUGCAGUUUUAUCUUUCUAACAGACAGAAUGCAUUACAUCGCCAUCUUUGCUCUGCUGGCCGCUUGUGUCUGGACAGAUGACUCCCAUUACUCAUUCUCACGGUCUGUGGGAUCAGGAAGUGGCUCCUCAUUCAGCAUAACCGGUAAGGAAAGAAUCACAGCCAUCCGAGUUUGGGAGCUCUACGGCAACCACAUCUACGGUAUCCAGUUAUGUUACGCAUCCAAUUGGUCCCAGAUUGCCGGCUACACAUACAACGAACCCCUAGAGAUUGAGUUAUUCAAAGAUGAAAAAAUCAUCCAGGUCUCCGGAAAGUACGCUCACUACAUUCAGUCACUGAUCUUUGUCACCAACAAGGGUCACUCUCUGGUCGUAGGCCAGCCCUCAGGCUAUUCCUUCAACAUGUAUCCCACCCACCCAGAGGCUGAGCUGCGCUUUCUCAGUGGCAUGUAUCAUGGAGGCCUCAGCUCAUUCCAGGCCCACUGGGACGUACUGGAUGACGAUUAUGACUGAUGAAUAAAAAUAUAAAAAUACACCACCGUGGUCUGUCCUCUGCACUUAAUCCUUUUCCUAAAAUUUGUUUAAAUUAAAUGGGUUUUGUCUUUUUUCAAGCAUUCUUAAGAGCACUAAUUAUACAAGUUGGAGAUAAAUUGCUCUUCUAAGCCAAUCUAUACCAUUUUUGUUUUAUCAAAUGUAUUAAAUAAGCACUUAAUUAAAGAUUAUCACUGUUUGUGUGUACUUAUGAUGUAAAAGACCGUCAUCAAGAUGCAAAUCAGAUUAUUAUUAUUUUUUUUUUAUGUGUGAAUUAAAACCUUUAAUAAAGAUGCAUGAUGUCUGUGUUUUUAUUCUUUCUUUUGAGUCAGCUGGAAAAUGUAGUUAUUUAAACACAUGUAAUCUUUUCUUGAUUUCAAUAAAGAUAAUGCGCAACAUAUUGAGGAAAAAUGUGAAUGUGCAGAUGGGGUUAAUGUACCAGAUACCACAUCUUUAAUGGCACACAUUUCCAUCUUUGGUUUUCUUUACAGCCUUGCAUGUUUUAUCAGGAUACACCAGCAGGGGGCAUUAAAGACCAUCUGAAUUUUUACAAUAUAUAUUUGUUUUCUAUAGUUUUGCUUUCAACAUUGAUUUCAACAUUUGAAGAAAAGUUUCAUUUGGAUAAUUUUAUACAGUAUUCACUAACUUGUGCAUCUAUUGUAGCUGGUCAAAAUGUUUAUUUUGAAUCCUCAGAAAAAUCUUUUAGGUGAAGAUUGAUGCCU